AAAAGAGUUGGAAGCAAAAUAAGAAUAAUUACAAGAAAAAGCAUAAUAACACAAUCAAACAGUGGCCAGGGCUGAUAAUUCUCUGAUACAACAUUAGUGGUGAUAUUAUGAGCCAGGAAUGUUGUUAUGAGACUUUACUGUAUUCAACCUUAAGAAGGAAAAAAUGAAGCUUUGUUUUGCUUCUUCAGAAAAACUGCUAAGUAAGACAAAACAAUAGUUUCUUCUGUCAUUACAGACUUCUUUCUAUGUUAAUUUCAAUAGCAUUCUUAUUCAGUGAUGUUUUCUUGCAGGAAACAGUUGAAGUAUUUUUUAAAUAUCCCUCUGUGAAAGAUGAUUCAGACCUUGAGGGAAGAACAUCCUUUAUGUGGGCGGCUGGGAAAGGCAGUGAUGAUGUUAUCAAGACUAUGCUAAAUUUUAAAGUGGACAUUGAUAUCAACAUGACAGAUAAAUAUGUUGGCACAGCCUUACAUGCAGCUGCCCUUUCUGGCCACGUCAGCACUGUGAAAUUGCUCUUAGAACAUAACGCACAGGUAGAUGCUACUGAUGUCAUGAAACACACUCCUCUUUUUCGAGCCUGUGAAAUGGGACACAAAGAAGUGAUACAGACACUUAUUGAAGGGGGAGCAAGAGUAGAUUUGGUUGACCAGGAUGGCCAUUCUCCCCUUCACUGGGCAGCUUUGGGAGGAAAUGCUGAUGUAUGCCAAAUACUGAUAGAAAACAAAAUCAACCCAAAUGUGCAGGAUUAUGCAGGAAGAACUCCCUUGCAGUGUGCUGCAUAUGGAGGCUACAUUAACUGCAUGGUAGUGUUACUGGAAAAUAACGCAGAUCCAAAUAUUCAAGAUAAAGAGGGAAGGACUGCCUUACACUGGCUAUGUAAUAAUGGCUACCUGGAUGCUAUAAAGUUGCUGCUGGGCUUUGAUGCUUUCCCUAAUCACAUGGAAAACAGCGAAGAAAGAUACACUCCACUCGAUUAUGCUUUGCUUGGUGAACAUCAUGAGGUAAUUCAGUUUAUGUUGGAACAUGGAGCUCUCUCUAUAGCUGCCAUACAAGACAUUGCUGCCUUCAAAAUCCAAGCUGUCUACAAAGGAUACAAGGUUAGAAAGGCUUUCCAAGACAGAAAAAAUCUUCUAAUGAAGCAUGAACAGCUGAGAAAAGAUGCUGCUGCCAAGAAACGAGAAGAAGAAAAUAAGAGAAAAGAAGCCAACCUGCAGAAGGGAAUGCAGAACCUGCAGUUCAAUUGUGUACAGCAGCCGCUUUCAAAUAGAGAGAAGAGUUACACUAGUGCACAGCUAUUUAGUAAACCAGCUGAUGUGCAUAAUAAAAGACCUUUCUCCUGCAGCAUGUCUCAAGACCAAGCAGGGAGAAGCAACAGAGGUUCACCUACAGGUUCUCAAAACAAAGCAACAUUGAAGGAGAAAUUCCCACCUGCAGAGCUUCUAGGUGAGGAUCGUAAAUUCAAGAAAGAAUAUUCUAGGAAACACACCAAAAAGAAGCCAGCUUGUGUGCAUUUCCAUUGUAGUAAAGAAAAUGGUGGAAAUGGAGCAAAACAUGCAACUGCUACAGAAGUGGAUGGUGAAAAGCAUAAAGAGCAGAUUGCAAGGGCAAAUGGUUCCUUUGCACAUGGCAACAAAAAGCAAAACCCUGCAUGUAGGCCAACCAGUGCUGGGGAUAAAUUAAGAGAUCAAAGUCAAUCUAUAUUGGGUGGCAGAAGCCAGUGUGAAGAAACAGCAGCUUGCUUACAGAACCUUAAUUGCACUGAUGGAAAAGCAAGGAAUUCAAGGCACUGUGAAACUGCCUCAAGCAGCAAAAUGCAGCAGCUGAGAGCAAGAAGUAGACAGUUAAAGGAUGAGAGGUAUUCUCCUGCUGGUUCCAGCAGGCCUGGAAGUGCCAGAGUGGGGUCUGGAAAUAUCAGAAGUACCAGCUUAGGUGCCACAGUGAAAUCUAUCCAUGUGGCAAAUGAUGAAUUAAAAAAAGGGGCCCGCCCUUUAUUGUCUGUUGAAGUAGGAAUUACAAGACUGGUGCCAAGCGAUACAGCAACUUGUGCUGUUUCUGAAGACAAUCUGGACUUGGAAAAAACAGAUCAGUCAGGUCCUCUUCCAACAUGGCCAAGUAUGCAUAACGAACUCAUUCCAUUAGAGGUACGGAUACAGAUAAUAGAAAAGGAAAGAACAAGAAAAGAGCUGUUUCGGAAGAAGAACUGUGCUGCUACCAUUAUUCAAAGAGCAUGGAGAAGUUACCAACUAAGACGGGAUUUGUUCCAGCUACUAAGUACUAAGCGACAGUGCAAAGAAGAUGAAGACAAAUGGAGACAAGAGACAGCUGCCUUUUUCAUCCAGGUCGCUUGGAAGAAACAGCUGAACCAUAGCCCUCUGAAAUUAGUUCCUUCAUGUAAAAAAGAAAAAUCUAUAAGCAAAAGCAGCUCAACCAUAAAAACUAGCAAGCAGUCCAUCCUCAAACAAAUAUAUGGGUGCUCUCAAGAAGGAAAAAUAUGCCAUCCAGGAAGACUGUCUUCAAAGCAUAAACUUGCUGAUAUACAUCUGAUCUCGGUAAACAACCUACAGCAUAUACACCUGCCUGAGAAUACAGGAAAAAUGACGCAGUUUUCAUACAACAUCAGACCGACCACUGCUGCAAAAUCAAAAAGCACAAGACCCAAGCAUUAAGCCAAUGGCUUUUGACCUUGUUUUUUCAAGACCCCUGUCAUUCAACACAAGGCAUGCCUCAGAAAGUACCAGCUCUUAGGUUUCACUUGUUUUUUUGACUAUGGAAAAAUACUAGAGCAAUUCUUCUGUUGGAAUAUACUCAAAGACCACAACAGGACAGAAAGGUUUUGACACUGUGGAUUCUUCCAAUUUGAAAUCUCGGGGGGGGUUAUCGUGUGAAUCGUGUGCAAGUGUUUGCACACCUGACAGUUCUAAUAUUGCAUGACAUCCUGCAGCACCCUUAAAAAGAUCUUGCAACACCCUGGAUGAAAAUUACUGCAUUAACCACAAAUGAAGAGUUGCAAGGAAGAACUUGACAAGAACAUAAAGAAUAAGCACAGGGUGUAUUUACUUUGUAUUUUUGUAUGUAUUUUUUUACCAUUUAAAAGAAAAAAAAAUAUGCUAAAUACUAAACCAGCAGAGGUAUUUUUGAUUAUUGUAUUAUUUCUGUGUUGUAUACCAAAGCAAGAUGUUCAGGGAGUUGAACUCAUUUUAUUUUGUGUACAAUGAAACACAGCAUCUAAAAUCCAAUUUGUUUACCAACAGGCUGAAGUCUAUAUGGCAUUUGGCAAUUAUGUACAAGUGAGAGUUAGGUUCCAGCCUUAACUGCUGAGCUGUUUCAGCAUGCUUCUUUCAGAGUUACUGGCAAAUAUAUUUUGAAAGUGUUACUUAUAACCGCAUUUAUCUACAUCUGGAAUAGAGGAGUCAUCGCUAUAUUUUCCUAUUCUCCAACCCUACCAAAGCUUAUACCAAUUUACAAAAGCAUUUUUACAGUCCAGUAAAAGGAUAGGUCACCCUGGUGAAACUCAAAACAGGGACCUGAUGAAGAAUGCAUUGCAUUCGAAAGUGUGUCUAAAAUUUAACUCAGCUGUGUACUUGGUCCAAUAAAAGAUAUCGCCCACAAAGAUCCUUGCCUCUCACAUUGCAGAACAGCCAAUUUAGGAGACUAAUUUUGCUCAGCACCACCCAGUGCAUCAUACGUCCUGGCAUACUCUGGUACACCCAAACUAAUUUCUCCCCACGUCCUGUGUGUUUACAUCCAUCAAUAAACACUUUUAGAUAAGAUACCAAUGUUUCAUUUUGACCAAAAGUGUCAUUUUUUUUCCUUCCAGUCAACAAUGUCAAAGUAAGUUUCAGCAGUCCCAAAUGAAAGUUCUUCAGAGCUUUUCAUCCCAUGAAAAAAGAUUUUUUUUAAUUUUAAUUUUUUUUUUUUUUUUUUUUUUUAAUCAGAGAUGAAAAUAAAUGGGAGUUAAGGAAUUCUCACCCCACAGGGAAUUCCACGUUACAAAGUAGAUGGGCAGAACCCAGCUACACUGAAGCUUUUCCAAAACUGUUAAAUCUUUUUCACUGCUUGUCUAUAUCCCUUCAAAUUCAGUGUCAAAAGUUUAAAACCCCCUAUAGUGAGAUGGGUGAGUAACACAAAGCACCAUGAGUUAGAGCCUCCCCUCUCACCCGCCCCCGAACCACAGACCUUCACCUGUUGCACUGGGGGGCUUGAGCCGAUCUGCAUCAGCCCAGCCCGCAGGUGGGGUGCUCCAGCAGUUUCCGAGGAGGCUGCCAAACCACCCCUCUCCCUAGCCUCCCCUUACCUCCCCACCAGUUCCAGGACUGUCAGCAGGGGGAGGAGGGAGCAGCAGGCAGCUGUUGACUGGGCUUGGCCUGGCCAGAGCUGGAGGGGUUGGGCAGGGUGGAAUGGGACGGAGCCCCUCCACCUCACAAGCCCCGCCAGCUACCCUGGCUGGGAUAUUGGAGGAAGCCAGGCUGGGCCUGAGAGGCAAAGGGAGGCUCCUUUCCCCUACCUUCUGCCUGGGUCUUUUGACAGCCACAGCAAUAGCUGCUGGUUCAGCUUUUUCUGGCCAGAGCUGGAGUUCUGGGGGGUGGGAAGAGGGGAGGCAGGGUGGAACAGAGCCCCCUCGCCUCAUGGGCCCAGCCUGACUGCUCCCAAUACCUCUUGGACUAAUAUCAUGCAUAAUUCUCGGUCUCUUGAAGGCUCAGAUUAAGCAUAGUGGCUUCUUAACCUGGCAGGGAAAAUACCAUGCAUCUGUGUCCAAGAAGGCAG